UGCGUUCUCGUGUAGCCAUCUUGUGUAUCGAAUAGCUAUAGCUCUCCAGCAGAUUGAUCAGUGACGACGACGACGAUGGCGGCAAUGGCGGCGGCGGCGGCGGGGACGAAGAAGAAGGCGAGGAAGCCGUACACGAUCACGAGGCCGCGGGAGAGGUGGUCCGCCGAGGAGCACGAGCGCUUCCUUGACGCCCUGAUUCUGUUCGGCCGUGACUGGAAGAGGAUCGAAGCGUUCGUCGCCACCAAGACGGCCAUCCAGAUUCGCAGCCAUGCCCAGAAGCAUUUUCUGAAGGCCCGCAAGUUCGGCCUCGCCGGUGGGCUCCCGCCGCCGCUUCACCCUCGCCGUGCCACGCUGCUCCGGGCCAACGCCGCGGCGGCGGACAUGAUGCCGCCCCCGUGGCUGCCAUCGGCCGGCGGCGGCUCCAUCGGUUGCUCGGCGCCACCGUCCGGCGUGCAGCAGAGCAUGGCCGGCAGGUCGCCGGCGUGCUACUCAACUGAUGAAGCUUCUUUCCGGCCAUUGAUUCAUAGCAAUGACAAUGACUGUUCAUUCAUCGAGACACCAAGCUGCAUCGGAUCAGGUGGCGAAUCAUGGAUCGGUGAUGAUGCCUUCUUCAUGCAGGAUGAAACAAUUCGGCUCCCAAUUUCUCCAGAUGACCUGGGAUUCGCUCAGGUGUACAAGUUCGUCGGCGACAUGUUCGGCUCCGGCGAGCGGCGGCCGGUGGAGGCUCACCUGCGGAGGCUGCAGGGCAUGGACCCUGCCAUCUCGGAGACGAUCUUGCUGGUGCUUAAGAAUCUCGAAGCUAAUCUAUCUGCUUAAGAAAUUCAGAAAUUCUUGGCUUCUUGUCAGGAGCAGAGCGUGUGACUGAGAGCGGCAUCAAGCAAUUGUUUUUGGCAUUUCGCUUUUUAUGUCAUUUUUUAUGCAAUGCAUUUUUUUUGGAGAGAUUAUGCAUUGCAUUUGAUGACCACAUAAGAUGUACAUAUAGGAUUAGUUACUUGUGUAUGUAAGAUUGAGACAUUCUUCAGCUCUAGUUUUUUUUAUUCACUUAGUUUGAUUCUUGGAAAGUUUAGUUGAAGGAAAUUCAAGUUCGAUUCUCGGUGUAAA